GCUAAAACAGGAAGUUAGGGCAGGGCAUAUUAAAUGCGUCCUCCUAGCCAGUAGCAUUUAGUCAGUGUUGCCAAGUCUGCAGUUUUCCUGCGGAAUUAGGCUAAUUUUUAGUUUUAGUUUUUAACUGUGCGGGUGGAAGGAUAUUGUCAAUCUGCUGUCCAUCUUAAAGGGACACUCCACUUUAUUUGAAAAUAUACUCAUUUUCUAGCUCCCCAUUUGAUUCUUACCGUUUUGGAAGCCAUUCAGCUGAUCUAAUCCCCCUUCAAUGGGACUAUUUUCCGGCAGUGCCUAAUAUCACUACGCCUGCUGCAGCCAUGGUACGGCAGCAAAGUCCUUCAGUAUUACGUCAAAAUGGGAGUAUAGUUCCUAGCCAUAUCUGCCUAGAAAAUUGCUAAUUUAAAUUUUUUGUUGGUCUCAGUAAACGUUGUACCUACAGAAGAGUCAAGUUUUAAAUAAGAAAAAUAUCGAAACUCCUUGGUAAUUUUUUAGCGCAAUGCUAAUGGUCUAAUCAGAUUCAGUGGAUUAUGCUAAGCAAUGCUAAAAGUGGUACCGCCAGACCCAGAGAUCGAAUGUUUUACUAUAGGAGAGCUGGAAAAUUAGCCUAUUUUAAAAAAAAAAAGUGGAGUGUCCCUUUAAAGCAUGAUAAUCUUUUUUUAUGAAAUCAGAAUGUUUGCAUAAAGUGAUUUGUCAGAAGAAAUUGUUCGUAAUGAAUAAAAGUAACCAGUGGGUUUUAGGCAUUUAUUUUGACUCUUGGUCUAAGGUAAGUGGGAUAUUUUUCGGCUCGGUUUGAUUGACUGUUGCACUUCUUUGUUUAGCAGGUUUUGCAACCCUGUGUUUAGUUUAUCUCACACACAGCCUGAAUCUGAUACAGAUGAGUUCGAAGUGCCGAAUGACGUCACAAACACCUUUGAUACAUAUUGGAAAGACGCCUUCUCCAGUCCAGACGCUACUUGACGUCAGGCUCGAUCCCGCAACUAUUCCAUCGCGGGAAAAUUGCGGAUAGAUAAAGCAGCAGAAGGGGAAACGGGAGCAGACGAUCAGAUCCUCAGAGGUACGAACCAACUAUAAAAUGCCUUUAGGAGAGGAUAAAAAUGGAUGGAAAAAGAAGACGACUGAUAUCAAGGAGAAUUAUGAUUUCAAAGAGGUGUUGGGAACAGGGGCAUUCUCUGAAGUGUUCCUGGCCGAGGAGAAGAAGACCCAGCGACUCGUAGCCGUUAAAUGCAUCCCUAAGAAAGCUUUGGAGGGAAAGGAGAACAGCAUUGAGAAUGAAAUAGCUGUGCUACACAGAAUAAAACACGAGAAUAUUGUUUCACUAGAAGAUAUCUUCGAGAGUCAGUCACAUUUGUAUUUGGUCAUGCAGCUGGUAUCAGGAGGAGAGCUGUUUGACCGGAUUGUUGAAAAGGGCUUUUACACAGAGAGAGAUGCCAGCAAACUUAUUCGUCAGAUUUUAGAUGCAGUGAAGUAUCUCCACGAUAUGGGCAUUGUGCACAGAGACCUGAAGCCAGAGAAUCUGUUGUACUACAGUAUGGAGGAAGACUCCAAUAUCAUGAUCAGUGACUUUGGCCUGUCUAAGAUCGAGGAUUCAGGAAGCGUGAUGUCAACCGCCUGUGGAACGCCAGGAUACGUGGCUCCUGAGGUCUUGGCUCAAAAACCAUACAGUAAAGCUGUAGACUGUUGGUCCAUAGGAGUGAUUUCUUAUAUUCUAUUAUGCGGAUAUCCUCCAUUUUACGACGAAAACGAUGCCAAGCUGUUUGAACAGAUACUAAAAGCAGAAUAUGAAUUUGACUCGCCGUACUGGGACGACAUCUCUGACUCAGCCAAGGAUUUCAUCGGCCACUUGAUGGAAAAAGAUCACUCGUUGAGAUACACAUGUGAACAGGCCUUACAGCACCCCUGGAUUUCUGGAGAUACCGCUCUGGACAAAAACAUUCAUGAGUCUGUCAGUGCUCAGAUCAAGAAAAACUUUGCCAAAAGUAAAUGGAAGCAAGCAUUUAAUGCCACAGCGGUGGUCAGACACAUGAGAAGACUACAGCUGAGCACCAAUCUAGAGGGGCCGAGCCAAAUGAAUACCACAAGCCCGUAUCACAGACACCUGCUACUCCCCGCAAAAGAGCUCGACCAGGAGGAAGACGAGGAAGAGGAUGAAGAGAGCGGUUCUCCCACUGUGGAUGGACGUCGGGGUAGUGCCGAUCGGGAGAGUCUCAGAAGCUGCGCUUACUGCUGUCGACCGACCAGCAGGAUCUAAAGUCUGCAGAACCUAAAAGAACCCACAAACGCACUUCUAAUGCACCAGUCUGACCCCGAACACAGAUGUUUCCUGUACUAUGCACUAGACAAAGCUAGUGUUGAUGGUUCGAACAAUCAGACUAAUUGAUGUAAUUUCUCUUUUUUUAACCAUUAUUUGUCGUGUCCAGUUAAUAUUUAUGUAGCCCAACCAAAGAGAUUUAAAAUUGUGUUUACAUUGUGUUUAUUUUUUUUUAAAGGUUAAAGAAAGGCGUAACACUUUCAGGGCUGAUUUACGUAGCAAAUUUAGACUCACUUUUGUAAAGAAUUGCUCAGGCAUGUACGAUGAAAGUCACAUGGUUUGGUUAAGACUUUGUUUUUGAUCUCGCCUUAACUCCAUAUGUUCUUUGUUUUGGUCUUGGAUGUACUUUAGUUGUAUGAGUUUCAGAUUUUGUGCUCUGGUUUAGACUGGUUCUUUAGUGCAUAGAUAGUUGUGAGUUGAGCACUGGACAUGUGCGUAACGGAGCUAGAGCAAAGUUAGUUCAAUUGGAGAUCACAUGAACCUGGGAGUAAACUUUUUUAAGUGAUGUGACUUGAGCCAUAGCCGUAAUGUGGAUAAGUGAUGUAUUUUUACACAAUCACAAACCUGGACGAUCACAGUCUCCAAAAUAUAUUUCAUUUGAGCAUUGUAUUAGAUUGUGUGGGCCAAAAGCAAGAAUGGUGGUUUAUGUGGCUUAAUGGUUAGAUUGCAUUAGCAAAGCAAAGGUCAUGGGUUCAAUCCCAAGAAACACAUAGGCCUACCUAUAAAGGAAAUGGCAUUGUAGGUGUGUCCCUGUUGCAAAGGUUGUUCUUUAAGGUGUUUGCAUUUGGUUUUACCAAUAACCCAUGGGUUGUUAAUGCAAUGCUCUACCAACUGAGCUACAGAACCACUAAGUGCACAAGAUAGGCAUCCACAUAAAACACACCUUGUUUGGAUGAAAAAAACUUAGGCAACAUCUCACUAAAGGUAACUCGGCAGGUUUUGGAAGAGAUCUAUCGUUGUCUUAAUGGUGCAAUGUGGGACUUUAAAGGGAUAGUUCGGCCAAAAAUGAUAUUAAACCCAUGAUUUACUCACCCCCAAGCUGUCCGAGUUGCAAAUGUCCAUCGUUUUUCAGACAAACACUUUUUUGGGUAUUUUAGAAAAUGUUUUAGAUCUUUCAGUUGAUUAAAUGUAAUGUUACGGGGUCCACAACCUGC